CGGGCAAGAUAGACAUGGCUGAAAGCCUUUCCUGGGAGCUCGGUGUCUGCACGGGUUAAGGAGUGCGGGGCGAGGUGGAAAAGUUGCUGUUGAAUUUCACUUUAAGGGACCGGACAGAAAGCAGCGAAAUGGAUGACUUCCGCUCCAUCUGCCUGCUGUCUCUGGCCAUGCUGGUCGCCUGCUAUGUGGCAGGGAUUAUCCCCUUGGCAGUUAAUUUUUCCGAGGAGAGAUUAAAGUUGGUGACUGUUCUGGGUGCUGGGCUGCUGUGUGGAACUGCCUUGGCUGUCAUUGUGCCAGAAGGAGUACAUGCACUUUAUGAAGACAUUUUGGAGGGGAAGCAUCACCCGGCGAGCGAGAUGCAGCAUGUGAUUGAGUCUGAGAAGGUAGCGGAAAUCCCGGUUGUACAUGAGUAUGGCCAUGACCAUUCCAGGUUGCAUGCCUACAUUGGUGUAUCCCUUGUCCUUGGCUUUGUCUUCAUGCUGUUGGUGGACCAGAUAGGCAGCUCUCAUAUGCACUCUACAGAUGAUCCAGAAGCUGCAAGAUCAGGCAACUCCAAAAUCACCACGACGCUGGGACUAGUAGUCCAUGCUGCAGCUGAUGGUGUUGCAUUGGGUGCAGCAGCUUCUACUUCUCAGACUAGUGUCCAGUUGAUAGUGUUUGUUGCGAUUAUGUUGCACAAGGCACCAGCUGCCUUUGGCCUGGUUUCCUUCCUGAUGCAUGCUGGGCUGGAACGGAAUCGAAUUAGAAAGCACUUGCUGGUCUUUGCGUUAGCAGCACCUGUUAUGUCGAUGGUGACAUACUUAGGGCUAAGCAAGAGUAGCAAAGAAGCCCUUUCGGAAGUCAAUGCCACCGGAGUUGCUAUGCUGUUUUCUGCUGGGACUUUUCUUUACGUUGCCACAGUUCAUGUCCUCCCAGAAGUAGGAGGAAUUGCUCAUAGCCACAAACCUGAAUCAACUGGAGGAAAAGGACUCAGUCGUCUGGAGGUGGCAGCCCUAGUAUUAGGAUGCCUUAUUCCUCUAGUUUUGUCCAUUGGACACCAUCACUAAACGCUCAAAUUUCACCGUUCUCCUCAAUCUGACAUGAGCAGUAAAUGUCGAUUGCUCCCUUUAUCUUUGUCUCUUACCUGUCAUCCAUCCCAUCCACUUCAUGGAGUUCAGAGGGAACGUUGAUUGCGAAAUGAGGAAUACUGGGAAAGUUUUUAGUGUAGCAAAAUGUACUUUGGCAGCCGGACAUAAAUUCUGUGUAACUUUCUUUUCUGAAGACAUUUGCUAUUUUAAUUGUUACUUCUGGCCCUAUUCUCAGGGAAGAUGGAAUUUGGAGUUUAAGAAGGGUGAGCGGGGAAGAACAUAGCGACUCAUCGUGAAAUCACAAUCACCAAAGUAUCCUGCGAUUCAGCUUUCACAGCUGAGAGCAAAAACGAAGGAUGGCUGCCUUGUGAGAGGUUGAAGUCUUACUAAUGAAGAAGGGGGCUCUCCCCCGUUGGUUCUAUGUUGUCCUGACAACGCAACUGGUCCUUGUAAUGUUUUGUCACUAAUUGUAUUGCAAAAAUGGACUACACUUGGAAUUCUGGACAACACUGCUAUUGUCACGGAAGUGUCACUGAUAGGAAAGAAAUGAUGUAGACAAAGUGUAGGAUUAGAGUAGGAAAUCAGCUGGUUAAUAAAGUGCAAAUGAAUUUUGCAGUGUAUUCCAUUAUUUGAGACAAAGGAUAGAAGCAAGGAGAAUAUUGUUUUGGUUGUUUAUGCAAUUGGUAAUAAAUUUUUAAAAGGCACUAUUUCUUGGGAGAUGGUCUUCUGCCAAGUCAGUAAAGCGUAGGCACCAAAAAUGUUAGCAGGAAUUACGUAUUGGGUACUGCGCUUACACUACUGCUACUGUUGAGAGAGAUAUCCAUAGUGUCCUUUGAAAUCGAGCUGGGCUCUGGUUCUGGGCUCUGAGGAGUAGAAAUCUGAUGGAGACAGCUGUUGAGAACCCAGAGAACUUUACUAGCUCAUUUUCAAAAGUGAACUGCUGAAAUUAGUGGAGGUGUGGGGGGUUUUUUUUAAUUAAAUAAACGCUAUUAAGGCUAAUAAAACAGAUGUUUAGUUAAAUAUUUAUGCUGCAGAUAGAGUACAAAGUGUUUCUAAAGCAGUUCUAAACAAAAAACCCCAACAAACACAAAAAACAAAAGUGGUGGGUUCCCAGCGGACCUGUUAGGCAUUUUGCUUUUCCCUCGGGAAUUGUGCAUUCGCCUCUUACUGAUAAGCAUUAGUUUUGGUGAAUCUACUGGAGGACUUACUGCCAACUGCUGAUGCCUCUCACUGUGGAAGAGUGAUAAAAGAUCCCUCCCUUUCCAAGGCACAGCCUUCUUUUGUCAGGCACCAUUUUUCUUAUGCAAAAUAUAUUAUACUCUAAUAACUGUAGUGCAUUGAAAAGUCAGGAAUGCUUGACAUGCACAGACUCAACAUAAAAUUCUUUCUUUAGGGGAAAACUUUUUAAUGCCGUACCCUUUUUAAGCUAUACUUUGUCUGCACUUUUUAAAGAUAACAUUGCCAAAUACAUUUCUUUUGAUUUUUUUUUUUGUUUGAAACGGAUUUUCAGGGCUCGAAAUAUCUUCUUAACUGAAGUGCUUCUUGUUUCCAUUUGAAUGACUGUGUCUGGUUUUCAUGGCAUUUAUUACUUAUACUACACAGGCCAUUGUGCCUCUUAACUUCUUUACAUUUUUGUCAUUAUCCUGUUUGUCUACUAGUUCAAUAACGGGUAUGGCCUGUCUCUUGGACUAGUGAUUGCUUUAUCUGUUGGCUUUGUAACAAUACAGGUGUAUCCCAGGAUUGAACCUAGUAUUGAUCCCCAGGAGUGCUUGUUCAUGUGUGUGUUUUACUGUAGAAAACCAGUGCACAAUUAUUAGAAACCAUCUUUUCCCACAAGACAGUAUUUUUAGACAGAAUUAGUGUAUCAGGCCUAAACAAGCAUUUUUGACAUUAGACCUUCAAAAAUUAAUUCUGUUCUGAAAAGCUGCUGCAAAAUUAGUGACAUGGAUGAGAGCUUCUCCUGCACAUUCUUAAACCUUUUUUUACAAUGUACAUAUGCAACUAGUAAGUUACCUGUUUAAAAAGUUCAGUGACAGAGGUUACCCACACAUGCGAAUGAUACACAGGGAUGUUUACACCAGAGCUCCCAGUGUUCUUCCUGAUUGCCCCCUAAUUACCUUCUUCCUUGAUAAUCUCACUAUUUUACCUUGCUUAAUCUUUCCACAUACAUGAACUGUUUCCGAAAGUUCCGAGAGUUUGCAAGAUCUGCAGCAGAAGCAGGAGAUAGCUUAGUGCAGCAUCAGUUGCUCACAUUUUGUAAAACGGUAGGUUUUUUUUCUUUAAGCUAUCAUCUGUCAUUUGUGCGUGCACCCCACCUCCCUAGUUAAGCUGGCACCCUGACUGUGUUCCACUUCAGCCUCAUUUUGUGUGUAUAACAAUUACAGCGGUUUAGGGAGGUGUGUAGGUAAGGUCCCAUUUCACGCGUUUUGUUCCAGUGUUGGAGCAUGUGGAUAGUACCUUCUUCUAUGGAUGAGUGUGUAUUGAUGAGGAUGUGACAGCCAGCCUUUUCACUGCUGACAUAAUCUCUGGCGUAUUAAUCAUAAGAGGUGCCACUGCUGAGAGGUCUUGUCGUCUUUCUUUUCUCCUAUCCCUCAGAUCAUGUUUCCAGUUCCUGGGGCAGCCACCAGGCAUGUUAAUACUCAGUUUAAUGAUUCCUGAACUACAGAGGCCAAGUUAUAGCAGCAGGUGAGGGAUUUUAAAUUAAAAAUUGGCAAGUUAAAAUUAGCACAAAAAUUCUGAUAACAUGUACUUUUCAAUUUGGCACUCGAUUAAGUGAUAGAAGAUUUGUGAUUUUU